CGGAAGCGCGGCCGACCGCCGAAGGCCCAGGGCGGCGCGAAGGCCCCGCCGGCGAGGAAGAAGGAAGAGGAGGAGGAGGAGGUCGUGUGCUUUAUUUGCUUCGACGGGGGAAAUCUCGUGGUCUGCGAUCGUAGGGGCUGCCCGAAGGUAUACCACCCAGCUUGUAUUAACCGGGACGAGUCAUUCUUCCGUUCGAGGGUCCGGUGGAAUUGCGGUUGGCAUUUAUGCAGCAUGUGUGGAAAGGCUGCUCAAUACAUGUGUUAUACCUGUACAUACUCUUUGUGCAAAAAGUGCAUUAAUGCAGCAAGGUUUUUUUGUGUUAGAGGGAGCAAAGGCUUUUGUGAGACUUGCUUUAGCACGGUAAUGCUGAUAGAAUCAAAGGAGGAUGAAAAGGAGAAAAAGGUUGUAGUUGAUUUUGAUGACAAGAAUAGUUGGGAAUAUUUGUUCAAAUUAUAUUGGUUAGAUCAGAAACGGAGGUUGUCUUUAACAUUGGAAGAACUAAGUAAUGCUAAGAAUCCACGGAAAAACUCUGGUGCUUCUCGCAAUGAGCAGGAAUCUUCUGAUGAGUUAUACGAUGCUAACAAUGACCAAGAUGUUAGCUCUGAUAGCUCUCCAGGAAAGCGCAGCCGAGGCAUUUCUUCUAGGAAAAAGGUUAGGAAACGUCCCAAGAAUCGUGUUGAUCAUGGAAAUUCUGCCAAAAGUGUAGAAAAUAUAGUCACAGAAGUUCAAAUUUCUCUGAAGAAAGUAGAAGGUGACAGGACAUCUAUGUCUGAUGAUGUUGAAUGGGCUUCACCAGUGCUUUUAGAAUUUGUAGGGCACAUGAGAGGGGGUGAUAAAUCUCCUGUAUCCCAAUUUGAUGUUCAGUCUCUUUUGCUUGAGUAUAUAAAGCGAAAUAACCUUCGCGAUCCACGUCGAAAAAGCCAAAUAAUUUGUGAUACAAGACUUCAAAACUUGUUCGGAAAAACCCGCGUUGGUCAUUUUGAGAUGUUAAAACUUUUAGAAGCUCAUUUUCUUAUGAAAGAGCCUUCACAAGUAGGGAACAUCAGCAACCAAGGGGGAGUUUCUCAUCUUGAUCCAGGUCAAAUGUAUGUUGAAGAACAUAGUGAUAUGUCAACAAAGUUGUCUCCUGAUAAGAGACGGAGGAAUCGGAAAAAGAUGGAGGAGAGAGAGCCGCAGACUAAUCUUGAUGACUAUGCUGCUAUUGAUGUGCACAAUAUUAAUCUAAUUUUCUUGCGCCGUAGCUUGAUGGAGGAUUUGAUUGAUGCUCAUGAUGGCGACACAUUCGGUGAGAAAGUUGUUGGCACUUUUGUGAGGAUACGAAUUUCCAAUACUGGACAAAAGCAAGAUAUAUAUCGCUUGGUGAAAGUUGUUGGGACUAGCAAGGUCGCAGAAAGAUACAAGAUCGGUAAGAAAACAACCGAUAUUGCGUUGGAGAUAUUAAAUUUAGACAAAAAGGAGGUUUUUACAAUUGAUGCUAUCUCAAAUCAGGAAUUUACGGAGGAGGAAUGUAGGCGCUUGAGGCAAAGCAUAAAAUGUGGUCUGCUUACUCGACUAACAGUGGGAUAUAUUCAGGAGAAAGCUCGGAUCCUCCAAUCUGUUAGAGUUAAGGAUAUAAUGGAAACUGAGAAGUUGCGGCUGAGUCAUCUUCGUGAUCGUGCAAGUGAAACAGGCCGUAGAAAGGAGCUUAGAGAAUGUGUAGAAAAGCUGCAGCUUCUAGCCACACCAGAGGAACGCGUGCGUAGAUUUAACGAAGUUCCAGAAAUACAUACUGACCCUCAUAUGGAUCCAGAGUAUGAAUCUGCUGAAGAAAUAACAGAUGGAAAAAGAAUAGGUAACAAUAAUAUUAGCAGGUCAAGGGAGUCCCGUAGGAAGGGAAGGGGACCAUUCGCCUCAGGCAAAACGGUGGGUAAUUCAGAUCCAUUCACUGUUGUGGAUGACAAGGAGAAAUUGCCUUGGAAACAAGAUACAGAUUUCAGUCGGAUGAAUGGUUGGGAUACUCCGAAAUCGCAGACCAGUGUAACCAGUCCAGAAAGUAGUGUGACAAAACCAGCACAUGGUUAUGGUGCUGCGCCUAUAACUCCAUCACCGGUAUCUUCUGCAUUUUCUAUUCCACCAGACAUUAGUGAGAGUGAUGAUAAGGUGUGGCACUACAAAGACCCCGGUGGAGUCGUCCAGGGACCUUUUUCUAUUUCCCAGUUGGACAAGUGGAGUAAUUACUUUCCACGUGAUCUAAGGGUGUGGCUCACAUUUGAGAGGGAAGAGAACUCUUUAUUACUGACCGACAUCCUGCGAACAUUCCAGAAAGAUUCACCUCGUAUAGCAGGUAAUACAGGUGCUAAAAGUGAAAGCGCUUGGGGAGGGAAUGACUACCGUAACACACGCCAAAACAAUACUAUGUUCUCUUCCACUGGUUAUGCAGGUACAAAUACUGGUACUUUAGCUAGUCGGUCUGACCCAAAAGUGGAGGCUAAUUAUGCUCAGAAAGGAAGGUUUGGUGCUUCUCCACGAGGGUGGGAAUCGUCCAAGGAUGCUAAUUCUUGGCACGGUCAGGUUCAAAAUUAUAGCGGUCCUGCAUUGACUGCUCCGGUUUCUGCGAGAACAGAUGGACCACCAGUGCAGCAUGGUAGGGGGCUUCCUGUAGGAGAUUUUAGUAGAUGGAACAAUGGUCAGGAUUCUGGCAGUGUAUGGAGUCCAUCUAAAUCUGAACCGUUACACCCUGGUAAUCAGAGUGGUGAAAGCCAUAAUUCUAAUCGGAGCAAUUCAGGCCAACAAUUUGCUUCUCAAUGGCCCAGUGAUUCAUACACUGUACCUUCACCAACCCCGCAGUUGAGUAGCAGAGAUUGGUCGGGUGCUUUAAGCCCAUCUACUGCAUCGGCAAGCGGUUCAAUGCCAAUUUCUAUAUCUGGUGGGAAACAUCAAUCAACAACUGCCGCUAUCAAACCCACUUUGACUGCCUCCUUAGCAGAUUCUGCUGCAGCUGGGAGCUUGAACUCUGCUAACAGUGUAUUGAAGCUAUCUGAAAGAGCUCAGGGUGGGGGAUCAUGUUCCGAGUCGUCUGGUUCUGUACCCAGUAUGACUAAAACAGAACAAACUGCUGAAGCUAUCCAGAAUCAGGAUAAGAUUGGUGCUUUCAGCGAUUCUCACCUAUCAACUAAGCAGGAAAUUCCUUCUGAGUUUGGUGCUAAAAAUAAAUUGAUAAAUCAAUCUGCAGUUGCUGUGGACACCCCCUUUAAGGACACGAAGAAUUUUUUCGAGAGUGAUUGUCCCAGUCCAACUCCAAAGUGUAGGAGGCAGGAUCCAUCGGGAACCCAGCCUGAGGAGGUCGAAAUGAGACAAACAUGGCCUGAAGCAGAUGAUACCAAAGAUAUUAAAUCUUUAGUGCCUGAUCCGACUUCUGUUGCUCUUUCACUUGAACUACCUGAUUCACCUGCUUGUGUUCCUUGUGAAGCUGAUAGUGUGGAAUUACACUCAAGAGUCACAGCUGAAGAGUUGGGAGAUAGGGAUUCCAUUAGCAUAGCCGAUUAUCUCGAUAAUUCUCUUCUAGUUCACCCAGAACCUAAUGAUGUUGAUCCUGGAUCAAGUACUAAGCCCAUAACGGAAACCAUUGUGCUGGAAUUGUUCACAGAUCAAAGAUCUGGAACUCCGAACAAGCAAGAACUUGCAUCUCGGAAAGAAGAACCAGAUUCCUCUUGUAAUAAUCCAGUAUCUCCUGGGAGAGAAUCGAGCUUCUUUAGACCUGAGCCUAUACUAAACUGGGAAAGUCUCGAUGAUUCAACAAACACUAAUUGGUCUUUGCCAUCUCCCACACCAGCCUCACAGCCUUCUGGACUGAAUGCUUUAGAUGGUUCUUCCGCAGGUCAUGGGACGGGGGAGAAACAUGUUUCUAGUUCAUCUUGGAAAGUAACUACUCAAAAUCCAGAGACAGUUGCAAGGGUAGCACAAGGGAAUGCAGAAUCGGUGAACUCGAGUCUUAGCGAAUUGAGGGCGCCACCAAAAGAUACAAAUCCUACUAUCGGGUGGGGAGCAUCUGUUCAGGGAAACCCGAAUCUCACUUCUAGUUGGAUAACGCCUGGUCAGGAGAACAACCCAAUCUCCGGGUGGGGGCCAAUGACUCUAGGAAACACGAGUAAGAAUUUCAAUUUGGAAGAACCAAGAAACCCGGCAAUUGCCAAUCCGACUGCCGGCUGGGGAACUGCACUAGGAAACACUAACAGGAGCUGGAGUUCACCGGUCGGCAAUGCUGAUACUUACGGCAACAGCUACUUCGACAACAGAGAUUUAGCACAUGGUGGUGGGAAAUCUUCGAGGAGCAGGUCGGAGACUGGCGGGGGUUGGGGAUCUUCAAGGCCGCCUUCGAAAGGGCAAGCUCAGAGGGGGGUAUGUAAGUUUUAUGAGAGCGGCUACUGCAAGAAGGGUCCUUCUUGUAAGUUUCUGCAUCAAUGAUGUCUCUGCAGUAGAGAUUUUGGUUCCCUUUCGUCUUUUGACCUCUCUCUCCUUGCUGUAUUUGUACAGUGUAAUCACCGUAUAGCCCAGUAUGAUACACCGGAAAUCCUCGGGAUGUUAAAACAAUUAGAAUUUUGUGCAGAAAGAAUAGCAUAGCGCAUUCUUGUUACCGUGUUGCUGAUUGUAAUUUAUUCUAGCACCGAAGCUGUACGGAAUCAGCAAUCUUUUUACUUGUGUCA